AUGGAUCAAGAUCAUUUUAAUCAUAUUCUAUGCUCAGAGCAUUAGUUGCCAAUUAAUAGAAUAAUAAAAUAGAAAAAAAUAAAUUCUUCAAAAAGAGGUUUAUGUUAUAAAUGUGCAGGCGAAGGAACAUCGUUAUUUUAAAUUUAUCAGAUUUUGGAUACCUUGUAAGUGAUCUUUUUACCCAUUCAUCAAACUUAUUCCAAAUUUAGAAACAGAAUAUAAGUUCUUAAGUCAGAGAUUAAUAAUAUAAUCGACAAAGCUUUAACUUCUAUUGAAGGAACAAUUGAUUAAAGUGAAUUUGAGUUAACCUAAUUAGAGAAAUAUCUUAACUAUCGAAAAAACUAUAAUGAGUUUACAUAAGAUGAUUUAGAGAUUAUAUCAAAUUUUAUUUAUAAUGGUGAACCAGAGGAAAGUCCUCUUGUUAAAGCCACUAAAUUGGCACGCGAUUUCGAAUAAAAUUGGAAAAAUCAAAUGGUUUUACUUUUCGAAAUGAUAAUUAAAUUGAUAAAAGGGACUGGUUUCUCCUCUAACCCUUCUGUAGUUUAACCACCUUUAUAAUAGACAUCAGUGUAAAAAUCAAUAAUAAUUGGAAACAAUAGUUUAUCGUAUGUAAAAAAAAAUGAAUUUAAAACCAGUUUAGUAUCUGCUGCAAUUUUCAAUUAAAAUGGGAAUACUCUAAUUUAAGGAUAAUAUCCAUACAACUGUUCGAAUUUGGAAAUCAAAUCAAUAGAGUAAAAUUUUGAGAUUAAAAGUCAAUAAGUUUAACAAGAAAUAGAUGAAAAUUCUUAAGAAUAAGCUACUGCAUUAGCAUUCAAUGAAUCAAAUAGCUUACUAUUUGUCGGAUAUGAAAAUGGGAACAUAUCGACUUAUUAAUAUACCAAAAACAUUUGGAAUAAAAAGGAUCACUGCAACGCACACUAUGGUAGGAUCAAUUUUUUGAUUGUAAAUUAAAUUCACACAUAGAUAAUUUCAGUAGGGGGAUAUGAUAGUAUUAAAUGCUUUCAGUAUUAAGACGGAAUAAUGCCAUCACGUAAAGAAAUAGAUUCAAUUCAUAAAAUAAUUGAUAUAUAAAUAAAUAAAGAAUGCGAUUAAUUGUAUGUUAUUGGAGAUGGCAAGUUACAUAUUUUAAGUAAUUCCAAAGACUUUUUUUCUUAAUUAUAAUAGAUAUCUUUAGAAAAUUAGUAAGCAACUUGUAUAACUACGGCGAACAAGUAAAUUUAUAUCGGAUCAAAUGUCGGAAAUAUAUAUAUCUAUGAACAGAAAAACAGACAUAUUUUUGAGUAAGUUUGUACAAGUAAUUUAAUAAAAAAAUCUUUGCUAUAAAUUAAGUAUUAUGAAGAGAACAAAUUAUUAAUUGUUCUUUUAGAUAAAUAAGUGAGAAUCCAUUAAAAAGGUUCAAAUAAUUAAUUUGUUUAAAUACAAGAAAUUACUGGAGAAUAUUCUAUGAUUUGCUUCUAAAACAAUUAGAAAUCUUCCCAAAUUAUCUUGUAUUGCUAAGAUCAAUAUAUGGGAAUCCAUUACAUAAUGCAAAGAAAAUGA